AUGACCUUUGGUGCUCGACAAGUCAAUAUUCAGCUCGGCGUCCAUUGCCGAGCGCUUGACAGGGGAGGCAAUGACCCGCUUGGACUGAGUUGGACGGUCGGCGGGGGUGUGGUCUGGCGUGUCAUCUGUCGCACAUCAGACAGGGAAACUACACCAGGCCUAUGCAAUAUGCACAAAGGGUUUGCCGGAGGACGUGUCCCUCCAAGCGCGACCCUCGACGGUGCAGACAACCGCACACAGAUCACCUUCACCCAGGGUGCCCACUCCCCAGCGUAG